GCUCCGCCCCCGCCCCCCCAGCGAUUCCUGCGGACCCGGCUGCGGAGACACCUGCGACCCCGAGCUGCGGCGCCCUGCGGGGAUGCCCUCCCCUGUGAAUGCUCUGGGUCAGGCCAGGUCCUCUCGCUCCAACAUGGCCCCAGACACCUGCUGCUGCUCCGCUGUGGCUUUGCAGCGGAGGCUGCCUAUCCUGGCAUGGCUACCUGACUACUCUCUGCAGUGGCUGAAGAUGGACUUCAUCGCUGGGCUCUCGGUUGGGCUCACAGUCAUCCCCCAAGCUCUGGCCUAUGCAGAAGUGGCUGGACUCCCACCCCAGUUCGGCCUCUACUCUGCCUUCAUGGGAUGCUUUGUGUAUUUCUUCCUGGGCACAUCCCGGGACGUGACUUUGGGCCCCACGGCCAUCAUGUCUCUCCUGGUGUCCUUCUACACUUUCCACGAGCCUGCGUAUGCUGUGCUGCUGGCCUUCCUGUCAGGCUGUAUCCAGCUGGCCAUGGGGUUCCUGCGUUUGGGCUUCCUGCUGGACUUCAUCUCCUGCCCCGUCAUUAAAGGCUUCACCUCCGCUGCUACCGUCACUAUUGGCUUUGGACAGAUCAAGAACCUGCUGGGACUGCAGAACAUCCCCAGGCAGUUCUUCCUGCAGGUGUACCACACCUUCCUGAGCAUCGGAGAGACCAGGGUGGGUGACGCUGUCCUGGGGCUGGUCUGCAUGGUGCUGCUGCUGGUGCUGAAGCUGAUGCGGGACCACGUGCCUCCUGUCCACCCCGAGAUGCCUCCUGGCGUGCGGCUCAGCCACGGGCUGGUGUGGACUGCCACCACAGCUCGCAACGCCCUGGUGGUCUCCUUUGCGGCCCUGGUGGCAUACUCCUUUGAAGUGACUGGAUACCAGCCUUUCAUUCUAACUGGGGAGACGGCUGAGGGGCUCCCUCCAGUGCGGACCCCUCCCUUCUCAUUGACCACGGCCAACGGGACCAUCUCCUUCACUGAGAUGGUGCAGGACAUGGGGGCAGGGCUGGCCGUGGUGCCUCUGGUGGGCCUCCUGGAGAGUAUCGCCGUGGCCAAGGCCUUCGCUUCUCAAAAUAAUUACCGUGUUGAUGCCAACCAGGAGCUGCUGGCCAUCGGCCUCACCAACGUGCUGGGCUCCCUCGUGUCCGCCUACCCGGUCACCGGCAGCUUUGGGCGGACAGCUGUGAACGCCCAGUCGGGGGUGUGCACCCCUGCAGGGGGCCUGGUGACUGGUGCGCUGGUGCUGCUGUCUCUGGACUACCUGACCUCGCUCUUCUACUACAUCCCCAAGGCCGCGCUGGCCGCCGUCAUCAUCAUGGCCGUGGCCCCACUGUUCGACACUAAGAUCUUCGGGACACUCUGGCGCGUUAAGAGGCUGGACCUGCUGCCGCUGGUCGUCACGUUCCUGCUGUGCUUCUGGGAGGUCCAGUACGGCAUCCUGGCCGGGACCCUGGUGUCCUUGCUCAUCCUCCUGCACGCUGUAGCCAGGCCCAAGACCCAGGUGUCAGAGGGGCUGGUUCUUGUCCUGCAGCCGGCCAGUGGCCUGCACUUCCCUGCCAUUGAGGCCCUGCGGGAGGCAGUACUGAAGCGGGCCUUGGAAGGGCCCCCACGGCGCUGCGUGGUCCUGGAGUGCACCCACGUCUCCUGCAUCGACUACACUGUGGUGCUGGGCCUCGGUGACCUCCUGGAGGACCUGCACAGGCAGGGCGCGGCCCUGGUCUUCGUGGGCCUACAGGUGCCCGUGCUUCGUGCCCUGCUGGCCGCUGACCUGAAGGGGUUCCAGCACUUCUCCACCCUGGAGGAGGCAGAGAAAUACCUGCAGCAAGACCCAGGGACCCAGCCCUACAACAGCUGUGACGACCCCGUCCCAGAACACAAGAUCGCCCUGCUGAAGGCUUGAUACGGCCCUCGGUGGGCUCGGGUUGAAGGCUGUCCCAGAAGGUCCCUGUCACUGAUUUGAUACCGGAUGCCGACUUAUGGACUCGCUGGCCUGAAGGGGCUCAGGAGGGGCUGAGGUGGCUCCAGAGGAAGAGGGAGCCCACGGGGAUCCCAGGUGGGACUCCGGUGUUCUUUGGGACAACCGGAGAAACCUCCCUCCUGUCCCUGGGCAUGGAGCUUUUGGGGAGGGUGGCUUGGCAAGAGCCAUAUAGAAUGACAGACCAAGUGACAGAGGAAGGAACAGGGUUUCGCAGCUGGUGGGAGAGGCGAGCGGUACUGCACCUGCCCAGGUUCCGGCUCCGAGCUCCGGGCUGGGGCGGGCAGUGUCUGAGACACAGAUCUCCGUGCGGCUUCCGUGCUGUGGCUGGGAGGACACUGGUGUGACCAGUGACUUCAAAUCUGUUUAAAAAUCAUUCUGUGUGUUUUAAAUUGAAGUAAUAGCUUUGGUGUUUUGUAAAAAUCAUAGACGCCUAUUGUUAAAAACGCAGGAAACCACCCCCACGUCCACUCUGUCCAUCUCCCUGGAACUUCCUGCUCCCUGGAGUCCACACAUCGCCAGCGCGUGGCGCUCCUGGCUCCACGUGCUCUGUUCAUGGUGCUCUGUGACCUGCAUUCCCAUGCGUCGUUUGCUGUGAAUUAUUUACUGUGAUAAUGAAUAGUGUUGGAAUAAAUGGUUUUUAAUGUCUGCA